UGUUUAGCUCGUCUAUUUGGUUCCUGAACACUUGGUAAACAUUUUGAGCAAAUGGAAAACUUUGCAGAACCUCCAGUUUUCUUUAGACACCACGUGGGAACCGUGAUCACAAAGUCCAUUCUGGGUACAUAUUUUUCUGUUGGACAAAUUAAACAGAUACCACUAUUUAACAAGCAGCUAGACCUACUGGCAAGCAAGCAAGCAGGAACAAGAACAACAGAGCAGCCAGUUAAGGACGACGACGGCGACGACAAGCGGCACGACGGCGCCAAUGGCAGUCACGGGCGAGGAGGAGGACAAGGAGCUGACGAUGGGCACGGAGGACAUGCUCCAGGGCCACGCCGAGCUCUGCACCCACGCCUUCGCCUACGUCAGGUCCAUGGCGCUCAAAUGCGCCGUGGAGCUCGGCAUUCCGGACGCCAUCCACCGCAGCCAAUGCGGCGCUGCGACGCUGGGCGAGCUGGCCGCCAUGGUCGCGCUCCCUCCCUCCAGGCUCCCGCGCCUGCGCCGCCUGAUGCGCGUGCUCGCCGUCUCCAACUUCUUCACCGUCGACGACACCCAGCAGCCGGACGGCCCGGUCUACGGGCUCACCCGGGCCUCCCGCCUCCUCGUCACACCGCCGGGAUCAGGAUCACUGUCCCGGCUCGUGUCCCUCAUGUGCGACCCGAACCUCGCGGCGCCAUUCUUCGGCAUGAGCGCGUGGUUCCUCACGGACGACGACGAUCUGCGCCCGGCGCGGUCGUCCAUCUUUGAAAUGCACCACGGCGCGGACCUCUGGGACAUGGCGGCCCGGGACCCCGCCUUGAGCAAGUCCAUCGGCGACGGAAUGGACUCCGACAGCCGCUUCAUUGCCGAGGUGCUCCUCCUGAGGACCGACGGCGGCGGCAACCACCAUGCACGCGAGGUGUUCGACGGGGUGACGUCGCUGGUGGACGUGGGCGGCGGCACCGGCGCCAUCGCGAGCGCCGUGGCCGCCGCGUUCCCGCACAUCCAGUGCACCGUCCUGGACCUCCCUCACGUCGUCGCGGAGGCCCCCGAUGACGGCGCUGUGCGGUUCGUGGCCGGCGACAUGUUCGAGGACGUACCCCCGGCCGACGCUGUGCUCCUCAAGUCGGUGAUGCACGACUGGAAGGACGACGAGUGCGUGAGGAUUCUACGGAGGUGCAAGGAGGCCAUCCCGACCAGAGAGGCCGGCGGGAAGGUGAUAAUCAUAAACAUGGUGGUCGGCUCCGGGAAAGCCGGCGGCGAGGCCAUGUUGGAGGAGGCGCAGGUGGUGUACGACCUCUUCCUGAUGGUGUUCGAGGGGCGCGAGCGGGAGGAGCACGAGUGGGAGAAGAUCUUCCUGGAGGCCGGCUUCAGUGGCUACAAGGUCAUGCCGGUGCUCGGCAUCAGGUCCAUCAUCGAGGUCUAUCCUUGAUCAGAUCAGAGCUGCAAGAAUAAUGCAUGGUCAUUGGUCAAGCUCUGUAUCCUGUGCUGUCUACGUACUUACGUUUCGUGUAAUCCACUUAAUUGUCUAUCAAAUUUGGGCAGGUUUUAAAUCUGCCCAAAUUCAGUGGUGUGUUUCUCGUGUUUGGAUCAGGAGAUGCGUGCAGCGAAAAUCAACAUCAGUCAUUUCUGUAUCUUGUGAAUCAAUUGACGGCAAAAUUGGAUGCUCCAAUUUUUAAGGGUA